AUGCAUUUUAUCGUGACAACGGACGUCAGUAAGGCGGAUGCAGAGACGCAGAGGCUCAUCAGGAGUCAGGUAAUGCGGGGGAAAAACCGGGGCAAGUCUCUUCGCGCCAAACAACGAAGAUCGACGAGUUGGGCAGUCGAGGUUGAUUCCAAACGAGGUGCUCCCGAGCCAUUGAAGACAUUCGUCGACGCGUACUACUCAGCUAUCCCCGGAAAAGUGGGCUCGGAUUUGUCUUCGAUCGAGCUUGCUGCUGAGAUGGAUCCCGCCGCGUUUGGUGAUGUUGUGAGAUUCUUUGACAUGGCAGCAAGAGCAUUAUACCCCCUGGUGAACGUGACAGGAUUCAGCCAGAGAGACAUGGAGUGGUUCAUUCCUCUCAAGUUCGACCCUGCCUAUCUUCAUGUGACUGUCUUCGCGGCCGAGGUCUUCAUGGACAGGGUAUUAGGUCGACAAUACCCUACCUCCAACCAAGACGCAACUGUGCAUUUCUUGAAAGGGGUUCAAAUCCUACGUCAAAGACUCUUACUGGACGACGAGAGCACCAAGUUUUCAAACUCGACAAUCGCUGUGGUUUUGACCUUGGCUGCAAGUGCAUUUUUCAUGGGCGAAGAUGAGACCUUCAAGCAUCACAUGGUGGGUCUUCGCAAGAUGGUCGAUCUAAGAGGAGGAAUAGCUGCCUUUAAAGGCAACAAGCUUCUGACGGAAAUGUUCAGAUGCGAUAUAAGUAUGGCGAUGCAGAGUGGAUCGGAGCCCGUCUUCUUCAACGACCAUCUUUCAGAGCCCUUUAUGCCUUAUCCAGACCAGGAACUGUUGUCAAUUCGAAACAGUGUUAAUGUCACUGGCUCUCAACAAGACUCAGGACUGCUCGACAAGAUGGACAAGUCUCUAGCCGAAGCCUGGGGAGUUAUGAAGACAUUCUGUUCCAUCGUCAAUCUUGCAGUCGAAACCCAACGGAUGCUUUCCCCGCCACUCAUCUACGAUACCAUGGCUUCGGUCAUGUAUCGCCUCCUCCAUAUGAAGUUUGAUGCCGGCUCGGUCGACGAAGCAGUAAGGCUCAGCCUACUGGGGUUGACACAUCACAUUUUCCUAAAGUGGCAGUAUCUGAGGUUGCCCUAUGUUUACUUUCCUUCUAUCUACAAAAGCUGCCUUCUAGAAACCAACCUUGUGGAUGUGGCCUCGCCCCAGAGCAUGCUCUGGUUUUUGAUGGUUGGAGCCAUUUCAGCAUUUACGACAUCCGACCACCCAGGGUUGAAGGAUUGUCUGCGACAACACAUCGACAGAUGUGAAGUAAAGUCGUGGAACGAGAUGCGCGGGGUCUUGAAGUCGUUCAUGUGGAUUGGCCUGCUACAUGACAAGCCGGGAAAGGACGUUUUUGAUUCCGUCUUCCCGUGA